UUUUAUCUUUGGAAAAUACUUUUAAAACUUUAUCAAUUAGUAGCUAAAAGUGUUAAUAUUUAUAUAAUUAAUCAAAUUCUCCAUCAUUCUUGAUAACAAUAUUAAAAACUAUAUAAAUAAUGUUUAUGCACUGAUAUGCUUUUAUUGAAUUUUAUAACAUUUUACUAUACUGCUGAAAAAUGAGGUUACAAGUGGGAUUAUGUACCCUUUCUCUGAUAUUUUUAGUAUUGCUUUUAGAACCAGCGUCUGGAUACAAUAUUGUGUGUUAUUUUUCAAGCUGGGCUAUAUAUAGAAAUUUUACUGCAGCAAAGUUUGAUAUUUCUAAUAUAGACCCCUCUUUGUGCACCCACAUUAAUUUUGCGUUCGUAGAAUUAUUUGAAGACGGUUCUUUAUUCAUAGUAGACCCUUGGGAAUCCGACGAUGAUGGUAAAUACCACGGUUUUCAACAUCUGGCUGAAUUAAAACAAUCUCAACCAGAAUUAAAAAUAUUGAUUAGUCUUGGAGGAUGGAAUGAGGGUUCCAAAAAUUUCUCUGCUGUGAGUGCUGAUCCCGAAAGCAGAAGCCGACUGGUAUCUCAAACAUUAGAAUUAAUUGAAAAAUAUAAGUUCGAUGGUAUUGAUAUAGAUUGGGAAUAUCCAACAUUAAGAAGUGCGGCUCAUUUCGAAGAUAAGGAAAACUUUGUAUUACUACUGAAAGAUUUUAGCGAGGCUUAUAAACCAAAAGGUCUUUUGGUAACAGCAGCUCUUGCAGGAGCAGUAGAUAAAAUUAAUGCUGCUUAUGAUGUUGACGAAAUCACAAAAUAUUUGGAUAUGUUAAACCUUAUGACUUAUGAUUAUCAUGGUGCUUUCGACAAUUUUAUAGGACAUAUUUCUCCUCUGCAUGCUUCAUCUUUAGAUUACAAACAUGGAAGGAACUCAACCUACAUUGUUGCUACUGGUCUUGAAUAUUGGUUAUCCAUGAAUGUCGAUCCGGCUAAAAUAAAUAUGGGUGUUCCCACUUACGGUAGAACGUUCACUCUUCUGGACCAGGAUCACACUUCACUUUAUGAUCCUGUUGCUGGACCCGGAAAUAAGGGAGAAUACACAGGAUUGAAAGGUUCUUUGGGGUAUCAUGAGAUCUGCGAAUUCUUCUCUGGUUCUGAUUCCACUUACUAUUGGGACGAUGAACAAAAAGUACCUCACAGAAUUUAUAACGAUCAGUGGAUUGGUUAUGAUGACGAAAGGUCAAUGGCGAAAAAAAUUGACUUUGCCGUAGAGCGUGGCGUCGGUGGCAUUAUGGUUUGGACCUUGGACACAGAUGACUUUACCGGAAUAUGUGGAAAAAAAUACAUAUUGCUUAAUACUAUUAAAAACAGAUUAGAGUAUCAUGAAAAACAAAAGAAUGGAAAAAAAUAAGCUAGUAGUUAAAAUAUUUUUGUUAGAACCAUAAUUUGUUUACUUGAAAGAGUGUUUGACAUUGUAUUUAUAUAGAUUAUAUACAAAUAUUUUUUUUAUUAUUACAAUCAAUCAAUAUGGAAAAUUUGUCAUAUAUUACUGAUAAUGACUUAAUUAUAUAUAAUAAUAAUAAAUUAUUAUAAUAAUUA